AUGAUUUACCAGGAAGAGAAAUUAGAGCCUCUGAAGAACACAAUGGAUGAUCCACGUAUUCGACUGUUGAAUAGAUUGUAUGCAAAGAAAAGAAAGGAAUUGAAAGAACGAGAGAAACUUAAGAGUAUAGAGGUUGAAGAACGUGUUGACGAGCGUUCUGUGGAUGACCUUUUAUCGUUUAUUAAUGGCAGAGAUCCCAAGGUGGUAAAGACUUCCAAGAACAAAAAGAAGAACAAGAAAAGGAAGGAGCAUAAGAAUGGUACAUCAAAUGGAACAUGUGAAGCUUCCAAGAAGGAGUCACAUAAUUUGCAUUCCAAACAACGAAGUGCUCAAAUUGUUGACGAGACUGCGUCUAGCUUGGGAGGGUUAUCUAACUUACUUAGUGUGGAAGAUGACAUAUUUACACCAAAGGCUGAGUUUGAAGAUGGCUAUAUAGAUGAUGAAAUUGAUCCUGUUUUAAGGGAAAUGCUUGACAGAGAAGUAGAAGAUUUUGCUCGGAGAUUGAACUCUAGUUGGGUUCUAUCAUUAGGACAAGAAAGACAGCCCGUGCACUUUUCCAUAAACGGCAAUGGGACUACAAGGCGAUUGACAGGUCCAGCUGCAGGACACAAAUAAAGCUGAAAACGCUAGCCCAAUGGCUGGAACAGUUUUGGUGAGAUCCCCACAGUUAGAAUGUAAGCAAUUAGAGAGAGUGGUGUUCCGGUCUCCGGCGUUUGAUGUGUCUUCCUGUAAUAUUUUGCCUUGUUUUUUUUCCACAAUCUGCUUUCUUUCUUUCUUCUCCGUUAGUCCGAGAGGUAGGAUGUAGUUUUCUUACCUGUUUUUUUUUGUAGUUACCAACCUUUGUAUACCAUUUCUUCUAAUUCAGAAUUAGUGAAAUGAAUUAGUUGGUGGGCUCAUCUGUUGGUUAUCUCUGUAUUUUCUUAAACUCAAGAAUAAUAUGAAGAAAAUGAUUCCAUUGUCUUUAUCAUCAUAAGCCUCACAAAAUGAGAAGGAGAGAAAAUAACCCAAAGCAUCAGUCACCCUCACACAAAUUGGUUUUACAAAUAUUACAUACAUCGUAUAUACAGAUGUGAUGAAGAUCUUUGCAGCUUUAUGUUGUUGUUGUUCUUCUUCUUGCUCUGUAGCUUUUCAGGUAACGUUGGGGUCACUCACACUGCUUAUGGUUUUGUAUGGCAAGCCUAUGCCAGACUUUGGUGGAGUUGAUGAGGAAGGUUAUCAUGCCCAGCCCCAUCCCGCUGCACUGGUAAAGAUGGAGGAGAUGAGCGGAUUGAUUUCUCUUCUGUUGCACUUGAUGAGGCCUCAGAUCCUCCAAAGUAUGACAGUGUACCAGCAGAGCGAGAAGAGCUGGUUCGUGAUGUUUUCUCUUCCUCCUCCUCACCUUCCUCCCACUCGCUUUUCCCCUUUGAACUUCUUCCACUCUGCAUUUCUGAAUUGGUGCUACUUUUUGAGGACACAAGCCGCUGAAAGUCAGAUAAUAGAGCUGAGAGAGCUCUGACUUCAUCCAUUCUAGCUUCCCUUGUGUGGAUGAGAUGUCCUCUGCAGAGAAACCGUAUAUGACAAGUCGCUGAUGCAUGUUGGCAGAUGAAGAUGGCUUUCCUUGACCUCAAAUCCUCCAUUUUCCUGCAUAUUGAUUGAUCACCACCAAUGUCAAAUUCGAGAUGGGUAAAAAGAAACAGGUUAACACAAAAGCCUGGGGAAGCCUUAAGGACACAAUACGUUGAAUAGUGUUUGUCUGCAGCUGCUCCCAUUAUGAACUUCCUGACUCUCUUCUCAGAAAUCAUCUGCAAAAUUCCCUUCUCGAUCGAGUCCAUCUCAACACACAGCUUCUCGGCUUGGACCUGCAAAACCAAUCUCCUCUUAGAAAUGGCGGAAAAUCUCAUGUCGCAUAAAGUAUAUGUAUAGUAAUUGUACCCCUUUGUGGCGGCAAAAUCCAAGCAUCGAAUUUGGUACCCAACAGGGAUCAUCUGAGCAGGUUGAUGCACAAGAACGAUACAGAUCUUGUUCCCUUCGGAGUUAUCUAUUGCCCAGGCGAGAUUUGACUUGUUCUUCGCUGUUUCUCUCCCUAGUGCAACGUAUAUUCUCUCCUCCACCACGGCUUCUUCUUCUUCCUCCAUGUUCGUCUCUCUCGCUCCCUCAAACUCCAUAUUUUUCUCGGGUGAAGAAUUGUCGGAAAAUCUUAAGAAUGGCUGGUUCGUUCGAGACAAGAGGCUCUUUUGUUUUGUCUUCUUCCCAAAUAUUUGAAUAAUUUUGGACUCAAGAAAGCAAAGAUCCGAUGGAGGCAUGUGUCAUCCCCCUUUCUGGUGUUGCUCUGUUCUUUCGAAUAUUCCAUCUGGAAUUUGUAUAUGUAUUAUUUCUUGUGUGUUUUUUUUUACUUUUAUGCCCUCGAGUGUCAACGACCGAAUCAAAACUCGAGGAGGUAAUCAAUGUCUAUGAUUUUACCCAUUUAAAAU